GUUCAUAAAAGAAGAGGCCCCAGGUCUGGAUCGAAUUCUCCUGGGAGCCAGACCAAAGUGCCUUCCUGGACUGCAAAGUGCGGCAGCCGCCGUGGGCAGGGUGCGGCAAGGCGUCACGCGCGGGAACCUGCGCUUGCUGCCAAGCUCUGGGCCUGACUCGCCGGGGUAGGGCGGCCCGCGUCCUGGGCUGGCGGCUCCGCGCAUGCUCCUCCCUCAGGCGUCGCAGGCCUACAGAGGCUCCGGAAGUACUGGAUGCAGCCUGAUGGCGCCGGAGUUAGACACCACACAGGGCGCCGAGAUGCGGCGGGGCGCGGGCGCGGCUCGGGGACGCGCUUCCUGGUGCUGGGCCAUGGCGCUGCUCUGGCUCACAGCGGUUCCAGGCUGGCCACGGGCCUCGGGCGUUCUCUCCCGGCGUCACUGGCCGGUGCCCUACAAACGCUUUGACUCCCGUCCAAAACCUGAUCCUUAUUGUCAAGCUAAAUAUACUUUCUGUCCAGCUGGCUCACCUAUCCCAGUUAUGGAGGGUGAUGAUGACAUUGAAGUCUUUCGAUUACAAGCCCCAGUAUGGGAAUUUAAAUAUGGAGACCUCCUGGGACACCUGAAAAUUAUGCAUGAUGCCAUUGGAUUCAGGAGUACAUUAACUGGCAAGAACUACACAAUGGAAUGGUAUGAACUCUUCCAACUUGGAAACUGUACAUUUCCCCAUCUCCGACCUGAAAUGGAUGCCCCUUUCUGGUGUAAUCAAGGCGCUGCCUGCUUUUUUGAGGGAAUUGAUGAUGUUCACUGGAAGGAAAAUGGGACAUUAGUUAAAGUAGCGACUAUAUCAGGAAACAUGUUCAACCAAAUGGCAAAGUGGGUGAAACAGGACAAUGAAACAGGAAUUUAUUACGAGACAUGGAAUGUAAAAGCCAGCCCAGAAAAAGGGGCAGAGACAUGGUUUGAUUCCUACGACUGUUCCCAAUUUGUGUUAAGGACCUUUAGCAAGUUGGCUGAAUUUGGAGCAGAGUUCAAGAACAUAGAAACCAACUAUACAAGAAUAUUUCUUUACAGUGGAGAACCUACUUUUCUGGGAAAUGAAACAUCUGUUUUUGGGCCAACAGGAAACAAGACUCUUGGUUUAGCCAUAAAAAGAUUUUAUUACCCCUUCAAACCACAUUUGUCAACUAAAGAAUUUCUGUUGAAUCUCUUGCAAAUUUUUGAUGCAGUGAUUGUGCACAGACAGUUCUAUUUGUUUUAUAAUUUUGAAUAUUGGUUUUUACCUAUGAAAUUCCCUUUUAUCAAAAUAACAUAUGAAGAAAUCCCUUUACCUAACAAAAACAAAACACUCUCUGGUUUAUAAAACACCUUAAUUCUACUGCUCUUUUUUCGCCAGUCACCAGCAUCUGUUUUUCAGGGGCUGAUUUUACUUUUGUGAAUUUCUUAGCUUUUCUUCCUUGGUGCGGGAAGUUAAAAUGCACAUCAGCAGAACUGCUGCAUAUUAACAUCUCAGGACUUUUCUCUUGGAAAGAAACUGAAAUUCAUACUAUAUUGGCCAAAGUGAGCAAGUUAAGUGAUCUUGGUUUCAAUUUCCGAGCCUUUGUUAAUACAGAGAAUUAUGGUUCAUAUCAGUUAUGUAGGACCUUUGGACCCAAGGUCCCACAGAUAGGUAUGAUGUGCCGAAAUUUUUAAAAUACCUUCAAAAAUAAAAAAAAUACCUUCAGUGACAUUUUCAUGAUGGGAGCUCUUUUUUCUGGUAUGGCAGUUACACUUUUUCACUCAAGUGCUUUAGUUUAGACUGACUUUACAACUUUUAUAACUUUUGGAACCAAGUUUAGUAUAGUCUGAUUACAGUCCAUUCACAUAACUUUAGAGAUUCGUUUAGAAACCGUAACUGGAGUGGUUGUGCUUCUAGAUGUGGCAAAUCCAGUGUUAACACACAUUUCUGGCUGGCAUUUUGGAACUAGCUAGUAACUGGCUUGUGUUAUUUAAGCAACCUAACAUCACAAAAUCCUAAGAUUUAGGAUUGCUGUAAAGAUGGAAGUUGUGUAUGUUUGGCAGGUCACAGUGAAUGGCAGUGAUAAUAUCAAAGAACAAAUUGUCAUCCUUGAUCUUGCCUCAUGUAGUUUAUGUGCCAGACUUUCCCGGGUUUUGUAGUCACCUAGACUUUAAGCUGAUGGCAUAGUGCUUCCGCAGUUCUUCUAGCCGGGGUGUGCAGGUAUAUGGCUGCAGACACAUUUGCGUAAACAGGCAGCGUCUGACUUCUUCACUGUUUCCUGUAGUUCUCCCUCUUCCCACAAAGCUGUCAGCGCAGUGGAAGAGGUUGCACAUCUCCGAGAGAGGACAGGUUUCUGUCUGAGUAGCUGUGCUUUAAUUAGAGCCAGACAAGCUUUCAAGGUCCUUUAAGUAUUUGAUGAUCAACUGAACACGUUUCUAUUCAAGGAUAAAACACCAGUCAGUAAGAAGAUGGAGUGGAUAUCGGAGAAAAUAAUUCACAUUUAAUAUGUAAAUGUACCAAUUAUGUGAUUCAGUUUCAGCUGAUAUUCAAGUGCUUCCUGAGAGGUUAGUACAUUAUUACUGAGCUCUCCAUAGAAAGCUUAAUCAUAUAUGUAAUUAGCCUGAUCCAAAUGAGUAAGUUGGACCUUAGAAAGGCUAAAUGAUCUUUCUCUGGCUACCCAGCUAGUAGUAAUGAAGUCAGGUCUUGAACCCAGGUUCUGCUGACUGAAUUGGAUGCACUAUAGUACAGGAUUUUUAGCACCAAAGUGUGGUCCUCAGACCAGUGCCUGCCAACCAGAUGUUACUAGUCUGUGAGGAAAUAAGUACAGAUACUGAUAGGAAGCUUUUAUAAACUUUUAAAGCAAUUUGUUGGAGUGUUUUUGUUUCUGUUGGGUCUAAUUAAAAAAAUUGGAGCUUGUA